CUGGCAGGCUACAAUCUACAGUAUCCAGCAACAGCCCAGUGAAUAUUUCUAUGUCCUCAUGGUCGGGUCUUUUGAACCAACACCGGUGGGAUUCUGCUCGAAAGUUAAUAUGCAUCGAGUAGUAUCCUCAGUUUGAGCAAGUUUUCGUGGCUCAACGACCGAGUGAACACGGGACAUUGACGGCUGACAUUUCGCCUGUCGUCUAAUCCUCACGCUCUCACCUUCAAUAUAAUUCGUGUCCGUGGAUAUCGACAGAAUUUUAGUAUAAAAGGACUGUGGCCCUUGCAUUGUGGACACCAUCGCCCUCACAGCAGAUUCAGAUAUCGAACACCAUGCAAAUUCGCUUCUUUUUAUCUAUCAUCCUCGCUGCAUGCGCCGUGAAGGUCAUGGCAGAUGUUGCGGAGCCUGCAGACACAAAGUACUGUUCCAAUGGCGGAACUAUUGCCAAGGACAACGAGACAUGGACAAAGAAAGGCUGCGACCCCGCUUCCAGCGCGGGGAUUAAGAGCGCCCAUAAUUGCAAGAACUCAGGCGGCAAAUACUACCUGUGUAAACAGGGAGCUACUUGGACGUGCAGCGCGGUGAGGAACCUGGUUGGACUGGAAAAGGGAGAAUGCUUCAAGUAAAUGUAAUUCGUGUUGAGAGAUACAAUCGUGACUUCGUAUGCC